GCCUAGCAAGUCUGCGAAGUAGCGUACCUCCGUGAUUGAGCAAUCCCCUCACGAUGGCAGUGAAGCACUUUGUGCUUAUUAGGUUCAAAGAAGGAACAUCUGCAGAGGAGAUCAUCAAGAAAAUGGAGGAGAUGGCUUUGGAGAUUGACAAAGUAAAAUCUUUUGAAUGGGGGCAGGAUUUGGAAUCAGAGGAGAUGUUGAGGCAGGGAUUCACUCAUGCCUUCUCCCUGACAUUUGAGAGCAAGGAAGAGUUCGUUGCUUUUUCUCAGCACCCGACCCAUCUUGCCUUUGCAGAGAUAUUGCUCUCCGCAGUUGAGAAGGCCAUCGUGUUUGAUUUUCCCGUUGUUCAAGUCAAGCCAUUAAUCAAUGCUUGACGAGUGGAGAAGGGGGUGCCUGCCUGCAUCCGGGAAGUGUUUAGAAGAAGUCGCGUGUUGGAAGCCGGAUCAGGCGCCUACGUAUGGUUCUCUUCGUUUGAGUGAUGUUAAAGAUGCUCGGAAUAUUAUUCCUACCUAUAAGCGUAUUUGGAGAAAGAAUUUGUUUUCUGUCUCUCUGUCCUUUCUGUUUUCUUCUUCUGUUGCUACAGCAAGUCUGGAUUUGGUGGGAUGGACGCAGUGCUUGCUAGACAGAAACUUACUGUCUAAACGCACUGUGCAUGAUCAUAUUACAAAUAAUUAAAUAGAUUCUACCUUGUCUGUUAUUUUGUUUA